AUGGCAAGGACGAUGAUACAAUCACACGCCAGGUUCUGUCCCCGCCCUUCACACAACCUGUGCCUGCUCGCAAAGUUGCUGGUAGCCGCCGAUAGCCAUGACCGUCCCACUUGUCCUGCAAAAUCUCUUGAGCUUAAGUUUAAGCAGUUGGUUCGCACUACAAAGCCAACUGGUGAUGCUGAGUGCCCUCCUCACAUUGAACGCGCUCACAAAAUCGACUUCUGCAUGAACGAGAAGGCUGGCACCCGGGAUCUCGAUGAUGAUGAAUUCACCGAUGAAGUUAUUAAUAUCAGGAGUGAUGAAGAUGAGCCUCAGCGAGCCGGGACACCAAAGGUCUCCGUCAAGACUGAGAUAUGGGAGCCCGCACUUAGUAUUUCCUGUUGUUCUGUUGGCACACCCACUCCUCGACCUCGCACCUCACGCACCUCAGAUCUCAAUCUUCUAACUUUAAUCACUACUUCGCUUGAUCCUCAACUUCAAGCUGCUCAAGAUGAUGAGCACGCUGCUCGGACUUUGCAGACCACUCAACUUGUAUCUAUGUCCAACCAGUUGCGAGAUGCCCACAUGACCAUUAAUUCGCUUCGUAAUCAGCUCUUGCAGUGUGAAUGUGAGCGUGCUAAUGCUGAGCGUCAUGCGGACUGUCUAGAGAUGCAAUUGGAAAUGGCUCGACUUGUGCAGAAAGGUCCAGAUUGCCGACUGAUGCCACAUAUGCCACGACCACAAUACAUAUGCCACGAAACGAAAUAUACUGAUGGGGGAGCAUCUACAAUCUGGGUCUCACCUGAUGAUGAAGACGAGGGUUUUGACUUCAAUCAGGACAACUUCUGUGAUGUAGUCUCUUGA